CAGAAAUGAAUAAAUCUUUUAUUUUGAAAUACUGCCACGGAACUUCAGUCGCGCGAAAAAAAGUGUCGUAGCGCGCUCUUUCAGCCAAUAGCGAAUGAGGAAGUAAGCACGCGGACCGAAUCGGAAGACCGCUCCGCGCGCACGUUGAUUUGUUUAUGUUUAUAUGCCUCAUGGAGGCUGUGCUGAGACACCUGACCGACAUCCUGGAGCUGCUGGCCGUGUCUCAGACGGACCGCGUUGAUGAGUGGGACUAUAACACCGCGGUCCGGGCGUUUCAGUGGGCUGAGUACUGCGAGCAGCUGCACGCUCGCUUCCAGACCAACCCCGCGGUCCGCUCCGCGCUCGAGGCCGCUCUGAGCGACACCAACCGGCGCCUGCGGGAAACUCUGCCGUCGAGCUCAUCGGUCACGUUCUCCGAACUGGCCCAGUGUCGGCACGUGCUGCUCGUUCAUUUGCUUAGAAACCCUUGCGCGCCCGGCUCCGUCAUCCGAAUGCUUUUAGAUCCCAAAACCGAAUGCGAACCCCACUUUGACCAAAACUGCCUCAUGACGUGCAAGUCAGCGUUUAAUCUGUUGCGCCGCGCGCUGGACGGGACGGGUCACGCUGGGGUACGGGCGGAAGCGGCGGUCAGAGGCGGACUGCUGGGGAAGCUCUUGGGCUCCGUGCUGAGCCGCUCCGGUAAUGACGAGUACGCGAGAACGCUGCUGGAUUCCAUCCUUCAGGACAGCGCGGGAAACCCGGAGAGCCUCUGUGACGUCAUAGCGGCCGCGUGCCUUUGCCCCGAUGACGAAACGAGCUCCGUCACUCAGCGCUGCGUCCUCGCGUGGCUGCGGGAGCGCGAGGGGGGCCUGCGCGAAGCGUGCGGAUCUCUGUCCCCCGGGCUUUGCGCCGCCCUCUCCCUACGGUCCGGCGAGUUUAAGCGGGCAUACUGGGGCGCUUUGAAACACUGGGCGUCCUGCUUGGAGCAUGACGUCUUGGAGGGUCAGUGGGUGAUGACGUCAGACGAGCCGGUUACCUUUAAAGCGCUGACCGAAAGAUUCAAAGAAUUAUUACGUUCGGGACCAGCAUUAAAAAAGGAGACAGAAACUGAGCUCGGAAAACUCAAACGGGAAGAUGGAGACUUUAAUGUAACGGGCAUUAGUAUAUGGACUGAUUUAAUCAUUCAGAUAAAGUUGUAAAUACAUCAGAUGGUUGUUUUUUUCCAUUGAAGUGAAUUUAACCAACGAAAUUGGAAAAGAGCAUAGUGUUUCCAAAUGUUUUUAUAUUUUAACACAUUUUUUUUUUCGUAUUAAAACGCUUCCUCGGUCUCCCAGCAGACAGGGGGCGACUGCACACCAUCAGCGCUUUAUCUGAGGACCGGGUUCCUCCUGGUAUUGUAUUUAUUAAUAAUUAAAACUCUUAAACUGUUA